UUAUAAAAGAGCCCAUCAAUCAAAGCCAGACUAGCGGCGUUAAAGUCUUGGCAUCAGCGGGAGCAUCGACAGCAGAUCCACAGCAGCACCCGUCUUCCGCCGUCCGGCAAGAACACCCGACUGAUUUCAAGACCCAUUGGACCCCAGAAUCAUUCGGCCUUCCGGGAUCUAAUGGAUGAUACGCUGGGCCUCCUCAAGAUUCACAUCAGCAGAGGAAUCAACCUCGCCGUGAGAGACGUCAGAAGCAGCGAUCCUUACGUCGUUGUCAGGAUGGGCAAGCAGAAACUGAGGACUCGUGUUGUGAGGAAGAAUCUCAAUCCCGAGUGGAACGAAAACUUGACUCUCUCUGUUGCUGAUCCAGAUCUGCCUGUGAAGCUCGCCGUGUAUGACAGGGACAGAUUCAGCCUCGAUGACAAAAUGGGGGACGCGGAGUUUGAUAUCAGGCCACUCCUGGAAGCCGUGAGGAUGGCGGCGGACUUGCAAGGCCUCGAAGAUGGGACUGUGGUCAAGAGAGUCCUGCCGAACCGGCAAAAUUGCCUGGCCGAGGAGAGCUGCAUCAUAGUGAGCAACGGCAAAGUGGUGCAGCACAUGUUCCUCAGGCUCCGCAACGUGGAGUGCGGAGAGAUCCAACUCCAAUUGCAGUGGGUUCCUGUUAAUCCUUCCAGGGAAUUGUGAAAGUUCUCUCUCUCUCUCUCUCGUAUGUACAUUCAUAGGACAAGCUUCUUGAUCUAGUGUUUUCUUUCUCGUUUUCCUUUUUCUGCUGAAUGAAAUACUCAGGUUUCUCAAUUCGAAAAAGAAAACAUGUCGUUAGUCAUUUUAGAAUAUAAUUCCUCUCUCUUA